UCAUUUCGUCACCUUUCGCAACCGCCUUUUGUGUAGUUUGUUUGCAGGUUGUUGCUGCUUUGUCGGAUCAUUCGAUAUUCGUCGAGUUCCUGUGGAUCUCUGAUUGUAAUUUGAUUCCGCCCCACCGCAGUACUGCCAACCGAGAACAUGUCCUCUUCAAAGGGCAGCGGAAAGGAGAAUAUCCCCUUCUCGUCGGCUGGUAACGUACCAAUGCGACCCGGCGCUUCCUCUAGAAAGCAAAAGAAUGCUGCGACCAGAAAUCAAGAUGUUCAAUUUGUCACCGAUAUUGGACAUGAGCUACUUCUCGAAUGCCGCAAGCUGCAGGCUCAAGUCGUCGAAAAGGAUGCAAAGUUGAAGGAGUCGGAUGCCGUGCGUACUCAGCUCGAGUCGGUAGUUGAAGGGCUGGAGGCGAGAGUGAGAGCUCUUGAUGAGUCGGAGGAGAAAUAUAAAGAAGAGAAUUGGAAUCUCGAGAUGCGCAUCCAGCAACUUGAAUCAGAGACUUCGAACGCAUCUGAUCGUCUGUCAAAGAUCAAUCUUGAGAACUCUCAGACUCUAAAAUUAUAUACCGCUCAGCUAGAAACAAUCGAAGCCUUGCAGCAGCACGAAAGCGAGCUCCAAUCUGAGCUUGACACCCUUCGAAGCCGAUAUGACAACGACAUAACCGAUUACGAGAAAGAGACUUCGAAAUUGCGCGAGGAUAAUGAGACUUUGACCGAGAACGUGAAGCAGCUUUCGACUCAGCUAGAAGAGAGCACGCGCCGUGCUCAAGCCUGGGAGAACUCACCAUCCCGCGACACUACCAUUGACACGACCUCGCCGGAUGCCGGAUUUUCUGACGACCCCAAGACUCCUGAGCGAUCCCCGCCCAUGUCUCCCGUCAAGCAAACUCCCGCCCAUAAUAUGGUUCUUGAAGGUCAGACUCUGAAAGCCUCACUUACUCAUGCCCAUCGACUUGUCACUACACUCAAGGGUACUGUUCAUCGUGAAAAGACCGAAAAGCUGGAGUUGCGACGACAAUUAGCAGAGGCGCUAGAGGAGAUUGACGCUUUGCGCAGCAAAACCAAGGGCAACAGAAAAUCGAAACUGGCGUCCGUGGCUCAAUCUACUCGUCGCACUCUCGGUCUCGCAGGUCGAAAGGCGGAAUACCGCAUCUCAACCGAUCUCGAGGAUCCGGAGGAUGAUAUCAACUGGGAAUCCUUCAACGGUUCGAAUAGCGAUGCUCAGUAUAGGUCUGCCCGGGAGUCGACUGUGGACGAAACUGACACCGGAUUUGAGACUGCGCGGGAUGCCCCUACGAGCGAUGGGGAGAGUUUUGUUACCGACGAUUAUCGCACCGGUAUGGAAACUGCAUACAGUGACGAUAACUUGACGGAAACAGAGGACUCUGCUGCCCAGCGUUCUUCGGUAUACUCGUUCCGAACUGCGAGUACUGACGACGACGAAGGAUCCAGUGCUAGAUUCCUCAAGUCCAGAUUCGGUCAACGGAUAGUCUCAAGAGGCGCCAAGCGCGAUAGCGGCAAUUUCGGCACGCCUCAGCCACUAUUCAAUGAGCUUGGCUCAAGCCCCUACAGUUCUCGCGAGGACGAUACUCCAAAGAAGGGUGCUGAAGUUGAGACUGCUGACGCAGAGGCCAUGACAGAGCCCUGGGAGCCUGAGCGUGUGGUUACUAUUGAGACCGUCAAGGCUGAUGCGCUUGCGCUCUCAAUGGUUGCCAUCCCGGCGGAAUCUUAUAACGCUUUGGUGAACCGCAAGAUAACUGCCGACUCUGUGCAGCAGGAUGCAAAGGGUCUAUCGAUGAUUGCUUUACCUUUAGACCAGUACGAUGCUUUGAUGAACCGGCCUAUCACAGAAGAGUCGCUGGCUGCGGAUGCUGAGAAGCUGUCAAUGGUUGCUCUACCCAAGGAAACUCAUCACUCAUUGGUCAACCGCGAAAUUACAGACGAGUCGGUACGUGCAGACGCGGAAGUACGCUCCUUGGUCGUCAUCCCCAAGGAUGAAUACUCAACUCUGACUGCUGAGCGUGUCAUUACUCCUGAGUCAGUAAUCAGCGACGCAGAAGCUGCAGCAAUGGUUGCGAUGAGCAAGGAUGAAUAUGACCAGAUCGUGAAUCGCAAACCAACGCCUGAGUCUGUCGCUGCCGAUGCCUCUAGUCUCUCGCUGGUUGCUGUACCCGCGUCCGAAUAUGAUGAGCUGGUCAACCGCAAGCCGACUGUUGAGUCUGUUGUCGCUGAGGCUGCCAGCCUAUCGAUGACCGCGGUGCCAACUGAGGAGUACGAGAAGCUUGUCAACCGCAAGCCUACUACGGAGUCUGUGACUGCUGAGGCUGCCUGUCUCUCCUUGGUCGCAGUUGCGGCGGCUGAAUAUGACGCGCUUGUCAACCGCAAGCCAACAGCUGAGUCGGUUGCUGCUGAGGCUGCUAGUCUAUCGCUGACUGCCGUGCCAACUGAGGAGUAUGAAAAGCUUGUUAACCGCAAGCCAACGGUCGAGUCUGUUGCAGCUGAGGCUGCUAGUCUGUCUUUAGUUGCGGUUCCCACAGUUGACUACGACGCACUCGUCAACCGCAAGCCAACUAUUGAGUCUGUUUCUGCAGAGGCCUCUAGUUUGUCCUUGGUCGCUGUACCGGCGACUGAGUAUGACGAACUUGUCAACCGCAAGCCUACUAUUGAAUCUGUUUCUGCAGAGGCCUCCAGUUUGUCUUUGGUCGCAGUCCCUGCGACUGAGUAUGACGAACUCGUCAACCGCAAGCCAACAGUCGAGUCUGUCUCUGCUGAAGCUGCUAGUUUGUCGAUGACAGCGGUGCCAACUGAAGAAUACGAGCAGUUGGUUAAUCGCAAGCCUACCGCUGAGUCGGUUGCUGCCGAUGCUGCCGCUGUCUCGAUGGUUGCGCUGGCUCUGCACGAACAUGAUGCUCUGGUGAAUCGCAAGAUAACUCCUGAGACUGUGAUUGCAGAUGCUUCUUCGAUCUCGAUGGUUGCUGUUCCACAGGAGAAGUAUCACGAGCUUGAAAACCGCCCAAUUACGAAGGAGUCCGUCGUCUCGGAUGCCCUAUCUCUUUCGAUGGUUGCGGUCUCUAAGGAUGAGUACGAUGAGCUUGUCGCUCGCCAGUUGACUCCGGAGUCUAUGCUUGCAGAGGCUACUGCCAAAAAUAUGGUGAUUUGUCCGCAGGCAGAGUAUGACUUGCUGAAGAACAGGCCCAUCACAAGAGAGUCUGUUUUGGAGGAUGCAACUUCCUUGUCUAUGGUCGCGAUAUCCAAGGAAGAGUACGACUCACUCGUCAACCGCGUUAUCACUGUAGAGUCAGUCAAGGCAGAUGCUGAAACGCUCUCUAUGGUUGCGAUUCCGAAGAGCGAAUACGAUAGUCUGGUUGCCCGCAAGUCGAGCAAGGAGAGUCUUUUGGAAGACGCCGCGGCUCUUUCUAUGGUGGCCUUGCCUAUCGCUGCUUACAACUCAUUGCUUGAAAAGCCUCAAGUCUCACCUGAGACGGUUGCCGCCGAUGCGGCAUCUCUUUCUAUGGUAGCUGUGCCGAAAUCUGAACUCUCCGACAUGCUGGCUAGUGCUCGAUCCGAGGCUUUGUCUACUCGCACAAUCGAUACGGACACUGUCCUGCAGGAUGCUGCAAAGUGUUCGAUGGUUGCGAUGACUGCGGAGGAUUAUUCCGCGGCCUUGGGCAGCGUGCGCUCGGAGGCACUUGAGAAGCGUCCGGUCACGAAAGAAUCAGUGAUUGAUGAUGCUUCGCGUUGUUCGAUGAUUGCAAUGUCACAAGAGGAUCUGGAGAAGACCAUCUCUGCCGCUGAGCAAAAGGCGCUUUCAGAGCGUACUGUUUCUGCUGAAUCUAUCGCUGCCGACGCUGCCGCCCUAUCACUGGUUCCUGUUGCCAAGGAGACUUAUGAGCUUUUGACGAAGGAGAAGACAGUCGAGUCGGUAUCUGAGGAUGCUGCCAAGUUUUCGAUGCGUGUUUUGCCCGUUGACCAGUAUGAGGAGUUGACAGCACCCAAGGUUGUGACAGCUGAAUCGGUCAUGGCUGAAGCGGCGGAGUUAUCGAUGGUUGCCAUGAAGAAGGACGACUUUGCCGACCUUUUGAGGAGCACGGAAGAUAAAGCUCUUGCCAGCCGGGAGAUCACUGUUGAUACAUUGGCGACCGAUGCGGCGGCCUUGUCUAUGGUGGCCGUUGCGAAGGAGGAAUACGACUCGCUUGUCAAUCGGGAGAUUACUGAAGACUCGGUUCGUGCUGAUGCCGGCAAGGUAUCUAUGCUUGCUCUUACUGAGCAGGAGAUGUCUGCCGAGAUUGGGCAUGCGGUUCAACACGCUCUGGAGAAUCGGGUAGUUGAUGAUGCUACGGUGGCUAAAGAUGCAGAGUCUUUGAGCAUGGUUGCUUUACCGGCUGAGGAACUUGAGCAGCUGAAGACCAGAGAAGUCACCGAAGAGACUGUUGUGAGGGACGCUGAGCAGUUGUCGAUGAUUGCUCUUACACAAGAGCGGUUCGAUGAGAUACUUGAGCAGACCGAGGCUGAUGCUGUCUCGAACAAGAUUCUGACACCUGAGAGCGUGGCGAUGGAGGCAGCUGCUCUUUCGCUGACGGUUAUUCCAAACAGUGUCUACAACAGUCUUGUCAAUCGCAAGGUCACUGCCGAUAGUGUUUGCAAAGAUGCCGAGAGUUUGGGUAUGAUUGCAGUCACAAAGGAGAAGUUUGACGAAAUCAUCUCGACGAGUGCAAAGAGCAGAGAGCAGCAGAUUGAGCAACCUAUGACGGCCGAGAAGUUAUCAGAGGCUGCUGCUGCGCUUUCGAUGACUGUUAUUCCAUUGGAAAAGUACCAGGCUCUUACAAACAAGCACAAAGUGAGCCCGUCCAUGAGCUCUCGCGCUUUCUCGGAUAUCGCCAGCGAACGAUCUGUGCGCAGCCCUGUGAAUGCUGCAGCGGAUCUUGGUAUGCACCAGAGAAGCAGACAGAGUUCGAUGUACGAUGUUUCGGAUCAACACAGUCAGAUGGGCAGUUCUGUCAUGCACUCUGAGUCGGAGGUUAGCCCUGAGGAGCAGAUGCACGCGGCUGCUAUUCGGGCAGUUACCAAGACGAUGAUUGGAGACACUCUUUGGAAGUAUACCAGGAAGAUGGGACGACAGACGUUGUCAGGAAACCGGCAUGCGCGAUACUUCUGGAUUCAUCCUUACACUCGAACGUUGCACUGGAGCAAAGAAGAGCCUCCGAGAAAUGGAGGCGAAGUCCAUGCAAAGUCCGCUCUGAUUGAGGAAGUACAUGUCGUUCAUGACGAUAACCCGUUCCCACCCGGACUGUUUAAUAAGAGCAUUGUGAUCAAGACACCCGCUAGAGUUCUACAGGUGACAUGCUUAACUCAGGCCGAGCACGAGACAUGGGUUUUUGCGUUGUCCUUCCUCCUUCUUCGGAGUAGUUCUGGCGAAUCCCGUAUGCAGGAAAUCAACAACAGCUCGCUCCACGGGCCCACGAGAUACAACCCAAGACCAUCGUUCCAAAUGACGCCUUCAAGCUCGAUGACGGGUGGAUUUGCGAUGCCUCGUUCAGGAUCAGUGGCUUCACAUCAGAACUACAUGAGAGCCGCAAGCCUGCGCCCUGUGCCAUCUUUGCAGAGUCGUGGGCGGUCAGGCCAUUCUGUGCCGGCGCGGCCGCUGAGAAGCCAAGCGUCGGUUGGAAAGCUGUCGACAUUGCUUCGGCCGCCGACGGGGUCUAGUACUACUCCCGGUCCGAGCAGAGAGAUGUCUGUUGAGAGCGUCGCUGCUCUUCGUGCAAAGGCCGAAGAAGACGGUGAGGGAUUAGAGAAUGUUAGGGUGUGCUGCGAUGGCAAGCACGAUGUAUCAAAACUGAAUCGUCACCGACACCAUUGAUUGUUUACCAGUUCUUUGCUUUUUAGUUGACUCACACUCAUUCAUAUACACUCAUUUUUUGUACUUUUUCUAAUUCGGACACUCGAUUGAGCCGAAUCACUGUCACUCCUUUUGUCACUCUUUUGAUAUUAAAAUGAUUUAUGUAUUUGUUU